AUGACUGAUUUUGAACGUCGAAGAGUUACCAUAUCACAAACCAAAUUGUAUUUGCACAAGGCAGGGUCAAAAGGACAAGUUUGUGAUCGCUCCCACGAAUCACUAUCAGGGAGUUUGCAAGAGGACUGCCACUCUCAGGACAACCGGAAACCACACAAUGGUGACGAAGACGGAGGAUUUGGAAAUCUUUUUGGUUACAAGUUCGGCACCAACUUCAAGAAGGAUUCACGAGACUUGCACAAGUCACGUGCCAAUCGAGAUGACCCGCAUACGUCAAAGCCAGGACGCUCGGCGGCUGAAUCCGAAACGAACAAAGACAGCAAAGAAAACAGAACCACGAUACUGGUACCUGCGUCUAUGACCAAGACUUUGAAAGUAUAUUUGAACAAGAACCCAGAUCCACACAUCAUAGUCCGAAAGCCGGCCGGACAGACGGACGGGUAUGAUAGCGACGAUGAGGUCAACUAUAACGGUCACGCAACAAUCCAGGGGACCAGAAGCUUCAUGCCGCAACAUUUGUGCGUGGCCUUGCAUAAAGCCAUGGAGAUUACAAAUGAAACUAGAAUUAUCCGGAUUCUGACAUCGUGCAACAACAGACAACGUCAAGAGCUGAAGGCUGCAUACAAGACGCAAUACAGAGCGGAUCUGACUGAGGACCUGACGCGCGUGUUGGGUGCUGACAUGGAAACAGUGAUUCUAGGUUUGUUGAUGAGACCGCUGGACUUCUCAGCCAAGUGUCUUUACGACUCUAUGUACGGCAUCGGCACUGACGAGCGACUUCUCACCUACAUCAUAGUCAACUGCAACCCACAGGAAAUGAAGAUUUUGAAGAAGAAAUACAACAAAGCAUACAAGAAGGACAUGUCAAGCGAUGUAGAGGUGGAGACGAAUGGCGUUCUUCAGAUGAUCCUCCUCAAAGUAAUCGCCGAAGGUGAGAAGGCUGGCAGCCAGAAACCUGCAGCCAACGAUACUACCGCCAACAAGAAUGCAGCCAACAAGUCAUCUACUGCCAGACCCUCCGCCAGCGAGGGCCAUGUUAAACAGAAGGGUGUGAAACUGUCCAGUAAAGAAAAAGCGGCGUUGAAGUCUGACAAGGGCCAGCCUACCGAAGGUUCAGCAGCAUUCAAUGACGAGAGAGAAAAAAUGAUAGCACAGAAAUACGCAGCAAAGAUGGCUAGUACAAAUGAUAUGAAGUCCAUAGUAAAACAGACUAAAGGAGAUUCAGAGGUCGCCCUCAUGACACUGACUCAUUUCUUAGUGCGCAAGUUCAAAGACCCCAUAAAGUACAUCUUCAAUACCUUGUAUGACAAAUUCGACACGGCUGGCACCAACCGUACGCUGCUUUCCUACAUCAUCAUCAGUCGAUCCGAGAUUGAUCUGCAGGACAUAAUGAGGAAAUUCCAAAAGAAGUACAAGCGGUCUCUUGCCGAAGCAGUCGAGAUCGAAUGCAGGGGGCGCUACAAGAAGGUUCUAUUGGCUCUUCUUAAUCCAAAAGACUAAAACAUGAUAAAGUUAUGUCUGUGUCCCAUUUUUGUGCUAACAUGAAUAUAAUUACCUAGAAUGACAUAACUAUUGUAAUAUGCGACUUAAUAUUUUAUAAUAUAAUAUUUUAUAUAUACAGCAUGCGAGGACUAUCUACCAGGGGGACACAUUUAAUAUAAAACAGGAAGUUUACCGUUCUCCAUAUUGCAAUUGCUUGCUACGAUGUCAAUCGUAAAAAUCUGACAUAUGCUGAUGUUCCAGUAAUUUGUAAAACGCACAAGUGAAUUGUUAUGUUGAGCUUGAUUAUUUCGGUGAAUUUCCAGUGUGUGGAAACUUAGCCCGAUUUGACAAAUCUAGUCAUUCAACCUACAUAUGCAUCGAAACGAAUAAAAAAGAAGAAAUGUUUUAUGUAACUACGCAAUCAACAUAUUUUAUUUACGGUUAUAUGUCGUCAGACAUAUGGUUAAGGCUCACUCAUUAUUAUAUGAGAGAGGAAACCCGCUGUCGC